UUGUUAUUUGUGUUUAUACAUAUACAUACGUUUUACGUUUAUUCCUUAAAACGUCGCGUAUACUACACAAGACAGGAAACAUUAACACAGUAUUGUGCGUUACCUAAGACAAAGACUUAGGGCAUAAAACAGUGUUUUAAGGUUAUAAGUCAGCCAUUCUGCUCAGGCCCUUAAUGGAAAGUAAGAAACGUUUCCCGCGCACGCAAAGACUUGUUCCACAAAUUUGCAUCUUAUUAACGUUUACGAAGUGCUUUAUAUGCUAUUAAACAUAGCCAGUACGUGAUAUAUAUUUUAAUAAUGUGUGUCCAAAUCUUAGAUAGCGUAAUAGUUUUGCAAUUGUGUGUAUUGCAUUAAUAAAGGUUAUAUUUGAAACUACUAAUGAUAUAUCGCUUUAGUGAUAAUUUAACAUGUAUGGCCUAUAUAAAUAUCAGAAGAAGUAUUCUGUUUACAUUCGUAAUACACGAAGAAGGAAAAAAUUAAUAGUCUUGAAUGAUAAUCAUAAAAUGCUUGAAGCAAUAGCUGAAAAUUUAAAUUUAAAAAUACCAGUCUUACAAUUGCACAAAGACAUUGUCGGUGAUAAUAUUGAUACACUUUGCAAUCGUAAUAUUAGUAACGAAUCUGAAUCUGUUGUCCAAAUAAAUAAUUUUCAAACACUUCCUACCAGUAUAGAAACUAUACAUACUGAUUAUUUUAUGAAACAAACUGAUACGUCAGAUAAAAAUGCUAAUACUGAAGUGCAAAAUGAAAUGAUCUCUAAUGUUGUGUUAGACAACAAUCUACAAUGUACAAAUACAAGUGAUAACCUAACUUUGAAAAUACCAGUUGUGCAAUUGAAUAAAGACAAUGUCAAUAAUAAUGUCGACAACGAUACUGUUCCUUGUAAUGGUACUGAUAAAUCUGAAUGUAUUAAUGAAACCACAAAGGAUUUUGAAACACUUUCUAAAGUUAUAAAUACUAAAGAGUCGACGAAACAAAAUCAAAAUAAGUUCAAUGAAAAGAUAAGUACUGAAUUAGUACAAAAUAAAUCUGCUUCUAAUGUCAUAUUGCCAGAAUGCAGUUCAAAUAUACCAAUUAUGCAAUUAAAUAAAGGGUAUUGGGUUUUAUUAGGGUACAAGAAUACUGUUUCUCUCAUGAUGGAACUGAUGAAUCUGAAUGUAUCAUUAAAACCACAAAGAAUUUUCAAACACUUUCUAAAGUUGUAAAUACUGAAGAGCUGACGACACAAAAUCAAAAUAAGUUAGAUAAAAAAAUAAGUACCAAAUUAGUACAAAAUAAAUUUACUUCUAAUAUCACAUUGCCAGAAUGCAAUCUAGAUAUACCAGUUACGCAAUUAAAUAAAGAUAAGAAACAUAAUUUUUGCUUAUAUUAUAAAAUA